UGUCCACGAAAAGCAGUAGGCGAGGAGACCUAACCGCGAACGAAAAGAACGAUCUUACUUUAUAUGGAUAAACGACACGUUACGAUUCAGUUGUAUACUUAAUGAAUUGUAGUGAAAGAUAAUUUUUUUUUUUAAAAGAAUUUCUAAACAGCUAUUGAAUCGCUAAGAAAAAUGCAGAUUCUUUUAGGACUGCUAAUAUUAAUUACUGAUGUAUAUUGUUUGUAUUCUUCGAAUUCGGAUGUCAUUGAUCUCAAACCAAAUAAUUUUGAUAGUUCAGUAAUAGACAGUGAACAUGUGUGGAUUGUGGAAUUUUAUGCACCAUGGUGCGGACAUUGUCAACAAUUUGUACCAGAAUAUGACAAAGCUGCGACAGCUUUAAAGGGAAUCGCAAAACUAGGAGCUAUAAAUGCGGAUGAACAUAAAUCUCUUGGAUCUAGAUUUGGUGUACGUGGUUUUCCAACAGUUAAAAUUUUUGGUCAUGAUAAAAAUAAACCCGAAGAUUUCAAUGGACCUCGUACAGCAGCUGGUCUCAUUGAUGCUGCUACAAAUGCAGUUUCUCAGAAAGCAUAUGCAAAAUUAGGUGUCAAAAAAGGUGGUAGUGGUAAUAAACAAACUAAAGAUUCCAAGGAUGUAGUCGAAUUAACUGAUGAGAAUUUUGACAAAUUAGUAUUAAAUUCAGAAGAUAUGUGGUUGGUUGAAUUUUAUGCUCCAUGGUGUGGACAUUGCAAAAAUUUGGCACCUGUCUGGGCUUCUGCAGCUACAGAACUUAAAGGCAAAGUAAAAUUAGGAGCCCUCGAUGCAACUGCACAUAGAGUCAAAGCGAGUCUAUAUGAAAUAGUGGGAUAUCCAACCAUUAAAUAUUUCCCGUUAGGCAAGAAAAAUGCUGACUCGGUACAGGAAUAUGAUGGUGGCCGUACUAGCACUGAUAUUGUUAACUGGGCUUUGGAUAAACUGGCUGAAAAUAUACCAGCACCCGAAGUAGUUCAAAUUGUUAAUGAAAAAAGUUUAAGAAGUGCAUGCGAAGAUAAACCACUUUGUGUAGUUUCAGUGUUACCGCAUAUAUUAGAUUGUCAGUCAGAAUGUAGAAAUCAGUACUUAAAAGUUUUAAGUGAUCUUGGAGAAAAUUACAAAAAGAAAAUGUGGGGGUGGGUUUGGUCAGAGGCAGGAGCUCAAUCGAACAUAGAAGAUGCAUUAGAAAUUGGAGGAUUUGGUUAUCCUGCUUUAGCGGCAGUAAAUAUUAAAAAAAUGAAAUAUUCUCUGUUGAAGGGAAGUUUUUCCUACGAUGGAAUAAAUGAAUUCUUAAGAGAUUUAAGUUAUGGACGUGGUGGAACUGCUCCUUUGAAAGGAGCUCAGUUACCUUCUAUACUUGAAAUUACACCUUGGGACGGUAAAGAUGCUGAACCACCGCAAGAAGAAGAAAUCGAUCUUAGUGAUAUAAAUUUGGAUGAGAAAGAUGAAUUGUAAUCAUUGAAAUAUCAAUGAAAUCUUUUUUUAAUGAUGCUGUACUCAGUCUGUCAGGUAUGCUUUUUCAGAGCAAGAAUACGUUACAUUUCAUUAUGUAUAACGUAAUAAUUCUCAAUAGCGUAUGUUUUAUAAAAAAAAAAAAAAAAAAAAAAAAAAAGAAAAAGAAAAAAAAAUGUUAAAUUGCCUAUAAUAUUUUGCUUUUCAGCUACAAUAUGUUUCAGUAUUGUAUGUAUCACUGAAAAUCAAUCUCCAGGUGGUCUCUUUUAAAUAUAUUAAGUUUUCGAAAUAUCGAUGCUUGAAUUAUGGAGAAAUAUAGUAUUAUGUUUGUCAACUACUUGGACCAAAAGUUAUUUGGAAAUAUCAUUUUAUAAAAAUCACAUUGAAAGUAUGUCUGUAUUGCAUAAACUGUAUUUUUCCAUGAUAUAAGCGUCCCUUCCAAGAAAGCCAAUUACAUAAAUUUAUGUAAACUUCCUAGAAAAAAAAAAAGAGAAAAAAAAACAGACAAACAAAAAAGAAAAA